AUGGCUUACUUUUCGGCCGUCCUUUUACUUCUUUCUUUGGUCUCUCAAUCAUGGGCACUUCCUGUCUCCCAAACUGGCACACAAGAUAUGAACAUCACUUAUACUGAUGGAGACUAUCAUUGGACUGAAAUAACAGCCUCGACUACUACGCCAGUAGCGCUUCCCGAAAUAACAACGCCAGUGACCACUUCGGAGUCUACACAGCAGACUGCUAGUUCGACGUCUGGUGGACCGUCAUCCACCACUACUGUAGUCAAUACGCCCCAAAGUACUGGUGAAGUUCCUGUCACUUCAGUUCCGUAUACCAAAUUCAGUGGUGAUGGAAGUGAAGCUGCUGGCUGGCCAUCGAUUGCAGAAUGGGUAUCUUUCGAUCAAAUGUGGGCUAAUAACAAGCCGAUCCUAGAAGUCUCAUGUGCAGCUCAAGGUGUUGAAAAUAACAGUGAGGAAGAAAUAGCCCAAAUGAAAGCAGCUAUAUUGGAACAAGCUGCCGCCACUAAAGUUGAUCCUCGUUUUAUUCUUGCCACAAUCAUGUCAGAGUCUACUGGCUGCGUUCGAGUGAUAACUACGAGAUCCCCAGGAGAUUUGAUCAUCAACCCAGGGCUCAUGCAAGAUCAUCAGGGAACUGGCUCUUGCGAGGGUAUUCCUGCUCCUUGCCCAGAAGCUCAGAUCAAGCAGAUGAUCAUGGACGGUACGGCGGGAACAGAGGCAAUUCUUAGAGGGGGUGAUGGACUUCAGCAAACUCUACAAAAAGCUGCCGCAUUUGGAAAGGACGCACAAGCAGUUUAUGUCGCCGCCAGGAUAUACAAUUCAGGGUCUUACGUUAGUGGAGCACUUGAAGACAAUGCUGCAACAGCAUGUUAUUCUUCCGACAUCGCCAACUACUUGCUUGGGUUUGCAGCAGCUUUAAGUCCUUGCAAACUCGGGAUAGUAUAA